CGGAGAUGGCACUGCAGGGAGAUGGACAGACCUACAGAAGCGAGGGAUCUGUGAUGACCAAAUGUUCCCGCUGCGAGUCUUUGGAAGAGCAGUUGGAGGAUUACAGGAGACGACACAGCCAGCUGCAGCAGGAGAUGAGAAGAGGCGAGGGGGAGGAGUCAGUGCGAGCGCUCCCGCAGGGCUCAGUGAAGGAGAAGGGUGCUCCAGCAGUAAGAAAGGACAUUCGACCAGAUAACAGCAACCACGAGAGGCAGCGGCAGCUCGUCACAGAGCAGUUAAAGAGUCUUUUCAAAGAGAAGCAACAGCUGAAUAGGGCGUAUAGCAAGCUGCCUGACACCAGGAAAGGGGAGCGCUCCCUGGAGGACUGGAUUCCCAAGUCACGAGUCAUCCAGAAUGCAGCAGACACUAUCGAGAGCCAGGAGAGGAGGCAGCAAGAGCUUGAGGGGGAGAACGAGAGGCUGAGGGGCAAGCCGGGUUAUCAGGAGUUCCUGGGGAUGCAGAAGCAGGUGGAGAGGCUGCAAGAGCAACUGCAGGCCAAGGACAACAAAAUGUCUUCCAUGAACAAUGAAAUGGAGACUCUGAAAGAGAAGAAUGAAAAUCUCAUGAAGGCAAAGCUGAGGUUCCAGCAGCAGAUUCAGGGUAUCAGAACGAUUGGAGAAGGUGGUGUGGCUCCGGGGGUUCCCCACCUCUCUCCUGGAGCCCAGGGCAGCCAAGACAGAAGCCGUGAUCCAUCCCCCUCCAGCCAGGAUGGGACAUUCAUGGCUCGACAGGUGGACAUCGUGGAUGGAGACAAGCUUCAGACUUCUGCAGACUCCUGGAGUACCCCAGUCAGCUCUCGAUCCCCAACCCCCCUAUAUCUGGAGACCCCUCCCCAGUCCAGCAGCACCCACAGCAUCCCCAGCCCUGCUGCCAGGAUGCUCCUUAGCAAGAAGACUCCUGAGCUCUCACCCUUGUCCUCUCAGAACUCUGCAGGGUCCCAGGAGUCCCUCCCUGAAAAGCACCAGCAGCUUCUCUCGCCCCGUCCCUACAGGUCCCAGGCAGCAGCAAACACUUUCAAGUUUGGGGAGAGAUAGUGAGGUGUGUGCUCCCAGAACAACUAUUGUGUUUCAGACCAUUCGGUUACUUCCUGUACUGGGAUUCUCUAUACUGCUUUGUGCUUCCUGGGGUCAUUCUACUGCAACAGCAAUGUCUACUGGAAACAAGAUUCAUUUGUGUAACUUCCCAGCCUGCCUGUGGACUGACAUCUCAUUUCCUGUUUAAUAACGGACAAAUUAGAGCACCAAAUUCUCCCUUAAUCUGUACCUAUGUUUGAACUGUACCUGAAACACACUGACUAUACAGUAGCUAAAUCAGAGCUAAUCAAAUGUCCUAUAGAUUUUGCUGAUUUGCGUUAAAAAAAAGAUGUAUCAUUCAGUAUGGCCAAAUUCUGUAGCUUUGUGCUCUUUGGUGUUAAUGCAGUGAACACUAGACUGGGCUAGGAGUGGCUCGGAAGAGUACUAUUGUAAGGUGUAGUGGUUUUUUUGCCGUUUGACUUGAAGCAUUACGAGACAAGGGCAUCUUCACACCGUCCAGAGGGCAGUAAGUGUCUUAACCACUGUGCAGAAGAGCCUGUCUGGUCUGCAUGAGUGAUGCUCCUCCUCUCACCAGCAGGGGUCAGAAUCCUUAUCAGGUCAGUACAAGUAUUGUUACCUUACAACUCCAAAUGCAGCAGCGUCCAGUACACAUUUAAAGAAGCUUGUUGAUCAUUGCAAGACAUAAAUCCAAUUUUAACAAGCACUGUAGCACACUCCAGGGCAGCUCAUACUAAGAUACACAGACUCAUAUUGUUUGUGUGUUUCAGUACGACUGAACACAGUGCUGUGUAGGCUAUUGAGAACAACAGUUAUGUGUUUUUUUUUUACUCAAAAUGUUUCUUUAUACCAACACUACCAUUUGGAAAACACAUAGUGCCUUUUUUCCUACUUAUCCUAAUACAAAGUGUAUGAAGGGGUUGCAAAGCACAAUAAAUGCUAAACUAGUGAAACUGCAGUCAACAUUAUAUGACAAAUGACACCAGUCACUGCAGUUUUAUAUUCCUAUAACACCACUACACUAAUAAAUUGUACAUUAAAGUAUCUAGCUGGAAAAGCUAGUUCUGCUUGGAUUUAGCCUUAAGAUAUUUGUUCUGGAGAAUGAUUUGUGUGAAGUGCCCUUGUCUAUAAUGUAUUGUGUGUGUGGAAACAAAAAAUUAAGUGUUUGGGGUGAUGUAAUUGUUUAUGUGUGAGUUACUAUGAUAGUAUUGCUGUACAAUCACUGUA